AUGUCCGACAAGUACCGACCCAUCGUUAACCAAGCGCAGGCGUUGGAAGCCCCCCGAAGCUCGUCGCAGUAUUUGUGGGUCGUGUCGGUGAGGCCGCAUCGUCGGUCGCAACUUGUUUCAGUUCAAUCGCAUUGUGGGCGUCGUGUGGCUCGGUCAGCUGUGCACGGCAUGGCCGCCAUCAACGUCCUCAGCACCACCUCCCCGCUGACACUUGUGACCCGCCACAAAAUGGCUUCGUUUGAACUUCAACCCUUGGUGCUGCUGUUUCAUGAACGUCGCGGGGUCUCCAAUCCCGGCUUGGAGACUCCAAGGGCGGUAGGCAUGCACGACCCUCUCACUCGCACCGCCCAGCGCUCGACUGGCGCGUUCGAGUCGCUCUUCUCCGUCCAAUGGCCAAGCCCGCCAUUCAAAGAUGCCUGCCUCACGUCGAAGCGGAAGUUGAUCGUGGUCACACGUCAACACGUAGGCGAGGUACUACACGAUGCCUUACGACACCUGCCCAACCGAUCCAUCGCGCCGAUUGUGGUGCUCUUGGAGGUGACCAUGUUCAACCAACCGCUCCCAGAGAUCGUUUUUGGACUGGCCUUCAUGGCCGCGCUCGACAGUUGCUUCCGCGGACUCGUCGCGGCCGACAAAAAGACGUGCACAAUGUCGCUUGCCGGCAUCGUCGUCGUGUCUGGCUUGGCGUCCGUCGCUGUCUCCGCGUACAACGGCGACGCGAUGAAAAAAGCAAUAGAGAGUUAUCGCUCCGCUUAG